AUGGCUGACACCAGAGAAAAGGGACUUCAAGAUUACAGAAAAAGAUUACUUGAACAUAAAGAGAUUGAUGGACGUUUAAAAGAGUGUAAGUAAUAUAUUAGUUUGCCUUUGUCAAUAUUUCAGAAUAAUGCACAUAAAAGGGGUUAUCUAACUAAAAUAAGCAACAUGACCAGUUAGCUAAGCGGUUGUUGGCUAACUCGCUUUGUCAUGCAGUAGAAUCGGCCAUAGAAAUUAAUGGUCAUGACAACCGGCUAACGUGUUAGCAUAAUGCUAGCUACCAAAAUAGCUGGAGUUAACCGUAUAUUGAAGUGUGUUCGCUGUGCUUAACAAGCUAUUUAACCAGUUAUUUGCCAAGACCGCUAGCUAACAAUAGUAGUUAGAAUCUAACUUGAAGUCACGGAAAAACAAUAACAGACAUGAUCAGCUAUCGCUAGCUAGCUAGUUAGCUAACAGAACACAGCCCUACCUUCUAGCUAGAGUUAAUUAGCUUGCUACAUAGCUUGAUUUCAUACUUGUAUCAUCUGUUUUCAGUGAGGGAACAGCUCAAGGAACAGACAAAACAAUAUGAAAAAUCUGAAAAUGACCUGAAGGCCUUACAAAGUGUUGGUCAGGUAAGAUUGUGUAUUCACACAACAUGAUUUAUUGAUCUGCAAUAUAGUGACGUACUAAAAGUGUCUCCGUAUCAUAAAGAAUAUAUUUUAACUGCAACUUCUUGUCAUACUUAUGUAGAUUGUCGGUGAAGUGCUCAAACAGCUGACAGAGGAGAAAUGUAAGUUGUAACAUCAUUGCAAUCGUCCUAUGACCCAUACAUAUGUCAGACAUUACAUAUUAUGUCAUGUUCAUUCUCUUCCUCUCUUCAGUCAUUGUCAAGGCAACCAAUGGACCUCGCUAUGUUGUUGGCUGCCGCAGACAAGUAAGUCUUGAGCCAUGACGUUACCCUCGUAUCGUCAGCGUUUAUUUACUUUCUGUGAGUGUCAGUGUCAUCUCUCCAUGAUUGUAAUAAUAAUAAUAUAAUAAUAUGCCAUUUAGCAGACGCUUUUAUCCAAAGCGACUUACAGUCAUGCGUGCAUACAUUUUUGUGUAUGGGUGGUCCCGGGGAUCGAACCCACUACCCUGGCAUUACAAGCGCCGUGCUCUACCAGCUGAGCUACAGAGGACCACAGAGCUCAUCUGUCUAUCUGUCAUUUUCACACAGCUGGAUAAAUCGCAGCUCAAACCAGGCACCAGAGUGGCCCUGGACAUGACCACCCUCACCAUUAUGAGGUAGGCACUGUACACGUACACACACACACACACACACACAGCCAUUGAGCAACUGUUAGUUCUGUCUACUGACACAAAAUGUUCCAAGUAAAGGGUAUGUCAGCCCUAAAUGUUGCCCCUGAUGGCAGUUAACAUGUCCCGUCCCUACCUCCCACCACAGGUAUCUGCCCAGAGAGGUGGACCCCCUGGUGUACAACAUGUCCCAUGAAGAUCCAGGCAGCAUCUCCUACUCAGAGAUCGGGGGCUUGGCCGAGCAGAUCCGUGAACUGAGAGAGGUAACAUCUAGCAGAUCCUACAGUACACUUACGAUAUUUUUAGAAAAUGUGGUUACGUGUUUUUCUUGAGACAGUCAGGUUUUUUUAUAUGACCUUUCCCCUAUGUUCCCUGUGUUCCAGGUGAUUGAGCUGCCCCUGACCAACCCUGAGCUAUUCCUGAGGGUGGGAAUUAUCCCUCCAAAGGGCUGCCUGCUCUACGGACCUCCAGGUGAGUCACUAUAUAGCAGGAUUUCACUAUAGACCGAGGCUGAAUCUCAAGUGUUUCCUUGAUUUCUCAUAUCCUUGAUUCCUUCACCUACCUCUCAAAACACAUGGAUGAGAAGAUCUGAGGUCCCUCCCCUCGGACCUUCUCCUCCAAUGUGUUUUGAGAAGGAGGUCAUGGAAUAAAGGGUGCGGCGAAUCACAGAAAUACUUUUGAGACUCACCCUGAAUAAUGCGAUUUAAGUUACGUCACUGAGGUCCUGAGGGUUUAUUCAUAAUUUCCUUUAUGCGCUUAUCUUUUCAUUAGGCACCGGAAAGACUCUUCUGGCCAGAGCUGUAGCCAGUCAGAUGGACUGUAACUUCCUCAAGGUGAGUAGUAGGCUACACUUUGUUUUCCUCCACUGUCCUUUCUGACUCUCUUCACCAUUCUUUGAAAAACAUGGCUGACGCAAUAGCGUGUCCGUCUUCUUCGCACCCCCUGUGGCAGGUUGUGUCCAGCUCCAUUGUGGAUAAGUACAUUGGAGAGAGCGCCAGGCUCAUCAGGGAGAUGUUCAACUAUGCCAGGGACCACCAGCCCUGUAUCAUCUUUAUGGACGAGAUAGACGCCAUCGGUGAGCAUCCUGUGCUGUAGCCUGGCCCCAGAUCAGUUUGUACUGUAAAUCAAAUCAAAUUGUAUUUGUCACAUACACGUGUUUAACAGAUGUUAUUGCGGGUGUAGCAAAAUGCUUGUGCUUCUAGCUCCGACAGUGCAGUAAUAUCUAACAAGUAAUAUCUAACAAUUUCACAGCAUAUACCCAAUACACACAAAUCUAAGUAAGGAAUGGAAUUUAAGAAUAUAUACAUGGACAAGCAAUGACAGAGCGGCAUGGACUAAGAUACAAUAGAAUAUUAUAGAAUACAGUAUAUAAUUUAAAUAUGAGAUGAGUAAUGCAUUGUCAACCUGUUGGCUAUACAGUACAAACUGAUCUGGGACCAGGCUAAGCAUCCUGAUGCCAUAUUUAUUCCUUGGCUCAGCAUUGCGUACAGUGUCUGGGAACUGCGAAUGAAGUUAAAUACUUGUUUUUGUCUCCAAGGUGGCCGACGGUUCUCAGAGGGUACAUCAGCUGACAGAGAGAUCCAGAGGACUCUGAUGGAGGUAAAAUGAGCAACCAUAACACUUAGAUAUAGGUUACAUAGAAUGGAUAUUGUUCAACAGACGUUGCUUUCUAUGAGAAUGGUGGUUCUAUAAAACAUAUUUAUUUGGGUAAAGACCUGGUUCUGUGGCUUGGUCAGUACAGUAUAUAUUGUGGGGAUGUUGAAGAUGAGAACUCAAUGACGUGUAGCUUGCAGCAAGCUUGACUGGCAUUUCAAUAAGCAAUGAAGGGUAUUACUGUAAGGGGUUUAACAUUAUUAGGAUCCAUGGCAGAUAAUCCUCUCGCUGAGUUGGCUUCUCAGCGUCUUAUCUCUGUGUGUGUACCCAGCUGCUGAACCAAAUGGACGGCUUUGACACCCUGCACAGAGUCAAGAUGAUCAUGGCUACCAACCGGCCUGAUACCCUGGACCCCGCACUGCUGCGUCCCGGCAGACUGGACCGCAAGAUCCGUAGGUUCUUCCUCCCUCUGCCCAUCAUCAUCACCCAGUCUCCUUCAUACUUACUCAAUCAUCUUAAUAUAAUAUAAUAUAUGCCAUUUAGUAGACUUUUAUCCAAAGGGACUUAGUCAUGCUUCAUACAUUUUUCGAAAUGGGUGGCGCCGGGACUCGAACCAACAAUCCUGACGUUACAACGGCCAUGCUCAACCAACUGAGCCAUACAGUACCUUAUCACCUUUGGGACAUAGGGUCACAAUGAUCUCCCUCCACCUCCUUCUCCUCAUAACCAGGUAGUAACACAUGUAAAUGUCUAUGGUAUGAAAAGAGUGACGUGGUUAUUUCUACUGUUCCAACAGACAUUGAGCUGCCCAAUGAACAGGCCCGUUUGGACAUCCUGAAGAUCCACUCUGGCCCCAUCACCAAACACGGAGAGAUAGGUGUGUGAGUGAGAGUGUGUGCUUAGGAGAGACUGGUCUUGAUUUUAACACAGCUGGGAUACAUUAGGUUGAAGUUGUGUUUUAGACUUCAAGUACUGUUCCUUUUAACAUGUUGGCUUUUUUCUUCUCAGAUUACGAAGCGAUCGUGAAGCUUUCGGACGGCUUCAACGGAGCCGAUUUGAGAAACGUCUGCACUGAAGCAGGUAGCUGUCAUGACUAACAUUAUCAGUCUAGCUUGACAAAAACUGAGAUUUUCUUGAAUCCAACCACAUUGUUUUGAUCUCCCUAAGUCUGGUCUCUUUCGGUCUACCAGGUAUGUUUGCGAUCCGUACCGAUCACGAGUACGUCACUCAAGAGGAUUUCAUGAAGGCGGUUCGCAAGGUGGCCGAUUCGAAGAAGCUCGAAUCCAAACUGGACUACAAGCCCAUAUAA